AAUAGCGAGUAAUAUGGCGAAGACUUACGAUUACUUGUUUAAACUACUAUUAAUCGGGGACUCUGGAGUCGGAAAGACUUGUGUGCUGUUCAGAUUCUCAGAAGAUGCCUUUAACUCCACAUUCAUCUCCACUAUAGGUAUUGACUUUAAAAUUAGAACAAUAGAACUAGAUGGAAAGAAGAUUAAGCUACAGAUAUGGGACACAGCUGGCCAGGAGCGAUUCCGAACAAUCACAACGGCGUACUACCGGGGAGCCAUGGGCAUCAUGUUAGUCUAUGAUAUCACCAACGAGAAGUCCUUUGACAACAUCAAGAACUGGAUUAGGAAUAUAGAGGAGCAUGCAUCAGCUGAUGUGGAGAAGAUGAUUCUGGGCAACAAGUGCGACGUUAACGACAAGCGGCAAGUGUCCAAAGACAGGGGGGAGAAGUUGGCGUUGGAGUAUGGCAUCAAGUUUAUGGAGACCAGUGCCAAGGCCAACAUCAACGUGGAGAACGCCUUCAUGACACUUGCCAGAGACAUCAAAGCGAAAAUGGACAAGAAAUUGGAGGGCAACAGCCCCCAAGGCAGCAGUCAGGGGGUGAAGAUCACCACAGAGCAGCAGAAGAAGAGCAGUUUCUUCCGCUGUGUCCUGCUGUGAGGACCCGUGGCCUUACUGUCCGCCCUGCGGCUGGACAUAACUAGACUGUGCUUCCUCAGAGCCCUUGCUCUCCUCCUCUCUCUCUCUCUCUCUCUCUCUCUCUCUUGCUUUCUGUAAUUUCCCCUCUCUCCAUUUCAUUUGCUCUGCCUCUCUGUGCAAUGGCGGACAAACAACACCCCACCCCCACCACCACGGUAACCACAGCCACCAUCUCCUCAGUCUCUGAGCAGGUGAUGCGACUUUGCCAGGUUAAGUUCUUGGAUGGUCAGUUUUGGGGCUGUAGUGGGUUGGAGGAGAAGGCAGGCGAAUCCUGAAUAAACCUUUUGCUUACGUUAUUUGGUUCUUUUAAAACUGCUACGUUUUAACUAACGCUUCCCAACCUUGUGAAUUCACACCAGCCUUUCUCGUCUCCUCAUUACAGUUUCAUAUUUGAUAAUGACACAGUGCAGAACAUUUGGCCUAUUAAGUUCCAAGGUGGAGUUUGACCUGGAUGCACUGUUGGAUAUGUCAGGCCUUACUCAAGUUUUUGUCUUAAAUGGGUCUUAAAAACUUUGAAAGUACUCACUUAAAACAGUUGAAGACUGUUGUCUAAUCUAAGCAGUAUUUUGUCGAGCUUUGGUGCUUGCACCCUGUCUUUUUGGUUGUUGUUCUGUAGGUGGAGUCUGGAUCUGUUUUCAUGGGGUUGGGAAACAUUCAGGUUGGGCUGGUGUUCCCGGAGUCUCACCUUAGACUUCUCAGUACUUACUUAUAGUUCAUUAAAUUUUCAGGUUAGUAUUUAUUCCAAGUUACUAAAGGUAUUCUGUUUUCUAAACCAAUUAUUUUAUUUUAUUUGAUUGCAUUCCUUGACAAUCAUCCUAUGACUGAUUUUCUUUUUCAUUUGCAGUUGCCACACUUAAUGCAUGAUUUUCAAGGGUUGAUUAGCUUAAUGCCUUAAUAUCAAGUCCCCCCCAUCUCUUUUAGAACCUUUAAAGUUAUGACCCUACAUACUUGAAAAUUAGUGUCUAUUUUGGAUAUGAAGUUCACAUUCUCUAUGGUGAUUCAGUAGUUUAUUGCAGAUUUGCCCCUGAGAUCGGUGGUAAUUUGAAAAUAUUGUGCCACUUUUCAGGUUGCUCUUUUCCAUUCAUAUAUUUUUGAGCCGUCAUGCUUAAAAUGGCAUAUUCUGAAAUUCCUUGUUUGUUCCGAGCUUAGCUAUUGUUACUCAACACUUUGUGGCUUUCUUCUGUCUGUCACUUAUUAAACCCACACAAGUGGCGGAUUUAUCGCUGUAAGCCAGACACAGAAAAUGUUCAGACUUUCCCUGCUUUAGCUUGUUUGUGCAUAAGUGUUUAAUAUUCAGCAGUAAGUAUUCUCAACAUUCCAGAAUGCAGCCGAGUGGCUGUUUAUUUUGAUGAGCAAUUCAUGGUACAUUUCCUCCCUAACAUUAUAACAUCGUUUCUUUCUUAGUAUCUUGAAUGUACAGUUUCCCCCAAAUUCCCUCCGAUCUUAACAGCACUUCAGCCCCUGUCUGUUUCUUGUAGUUGGUGCCAAUUGGUAACUUCACAGUAUGUCACCAAUUUAUCCAUGUACUGUGGAGUAAUUGAGCAUGUGGAAAAUAACAGGAUGCUUCUGGCCAUUUACAGGUGGCAUCCCGACUAACUUGGUGAUAUUUUUUAUUUUCGAGUUUUCUUUCGCCAUUUACGAUGUCUUUCUUCUUUAAUGACAUCAGCAGUGCUUGCCUCUAGCUCAGAUGUAUGACCACGGAAACUGAGGUUGAGCCUUAUUCGUGGCAGUCGGAGGUUUCAUGGCUUGUGAAUCCAAAAAUGCGGAUAUGAAAAUGUACCACCCAUAGAAAACCCAAAGCACCAGUAAGAGUAUAUUUUUAAGAAAUGAUAAAAAAAUGAUCUUCAAUAUGUAUUUGGCUGCUUUUCAGCCCUGGUCCUGGUUUACUCUAGUCUUAUUUUGCCUCGUGCUCUUGUCUUGUUGCUGUAUUAUGAUGCCUCUGUGUGUCUUCUUUUCUUGGUGCUGCUGAGUUUCUGAUUGCUUCGGCUGUGGCCGAGAAUGAGGCCAGUCUUGCGUCAGGAUUGGCCGUUUAUUGCGGGGUGUCCGAUCAUAAGGUGAUGAAUUGGUAUUGUCUUGUUUCCUCAUUGAAAGUAUGCAGGAUUUAUUAUCAUGAGGUUGCUACUGUAACAAAAGACAUUUGGUUAUUAAAGCCCAAUGCAUUAUUCCAUUUCUCAGUCAAAAGUGCAUACAUAUUUGCAUGAAUCUUAAUUGAUACAGUAAAAUGGUGGGCAUGUAAAAUUAGGAAUUCACAAAUUCUUCACAUGGAUUAGUUUUAUUUUUAUGAUACUCGAUUGUGAUAUUAAGCUCCAUAGAAUGUUCUGUGUUCAAAUUUGGCCUAGUGGUAUUAAAAAUUGAACUCUUAUGUGCACAACUUUUUUGGAUUCCAAAACUCUUAACAUGUGAAACAGAACAUAUAUAUGCCAGAUACCAUCUCAUAGGCAACCCAGAGACUUAUUUGAAUUAGUUAAUUUUGGUAUUCACUUGCCAGUAUUAAGUAUAUUUCUGUACAUGAGUGCCAGUCGUCUCUCUUGGGCAUUUGCUUGUGGAUGUUCUCAGUGUUUCCCAUUUGAAAAAAGAGCUGACUUGUUUUCUCUACAUUCUCCUGUUUUGAAAUCAAGAAAGGCUUAUUCCAAAGUUUGUAUUGGCCUUCAAGAUUUUGUGAGUCAGAACCUUUAAUCUAUAGGAGGCAAUGUAGUGGCACAGGUCAAACUAAGAGAAGACUUUUCAGCAUAAUCAGGAAUCAUAGUAAACCAGUAUCGUGUAUCUACUUAUGAUUUGAAAGAAUUUGGUUCCAGUUUGGAUAUCGCAGGCAGUUGAAUGAAUAUUCUUUGUUGUCAGUUACAGGGUACACGUGGCUUAAGUAGAGAACAGCAAGCCAGCAUUCGUGACUGCAAAUCAGAUCAAAUAAGUACUGUUGUGGAGAAAACUGGCACCAUAUUUUAAUGAGCAAUAUACAAUUGUGCUUUGAAAUGUUAAAGUGCCCUUGUUAAUGCCUGCCAUUGCGAUGCACUUUUUCCGCAAACAAAAGUAUGUUCCAGAAGGGAUUGGGUGUUGAAGGGGUCCCUUUUGUAUGUGCUUCCUUUCACAAAACCCAAUUUUGUUCUUGCAUGUGUUUCCAUUAGCGACUUCUAUAAUGAUGGUGAGUUGUAUUUAUGAGUGGUAAUGCUAGAAAGAGGAACUGCAGGAAGAACUUGCACUAUUUGUUGCAAGGCAUGGCGUGCAGUCUAAUCUCUGGGUUUGUCCUGUUUCCUCUUCCUUAUUACUAUAACCCGCAGCAAUACACUUGUCUUAAUUCCACCAGAUACUUGAUUUUGGAACUAUGCAUCAUGAAGCAGUUGUGGACAUCUGCAUUUUUGUACAUAUAUAAAUGAGAACAUAACCUUUUUUUUUUUUUUUUUGCAAAGUGCAAAGAUUUCAUUAAGGAAAAAAAAAACAUUCCUCUAUGUGCACCUUUCUGUCUUCCCUGUGCUUUUUAGUGUAUAUAAUUUCUUUUUUGUUUUUAAUGUUGAAUUUGGCAGCGCUGUCAGCAAAUAUCUCUGUAAACCAAUUUCUUUGAAUUAAAGAACAAAAAUGUACUUUUCCUGCCCAGUCUCCCCACUAAUGUUCGGUCUAGCUGUAUUAGGAAAAAUGAAACCAUUGGUUCUGUUCAUAUUGUGUGAGUGUUCUCUUUCAUUCAGGCAUUUGUCUGUCAAAGAUCUAUGUGGUAGACCAGAGCAACAGCAAGUAUUACUUUGACAGACCUUGAAACAGUGAUUAAAGAUGUGUAAACCUGGUGUUUGUGGGUUUCAAAAUCAUCAAUAUCUCUGAAAGCAUGUCCCCAACAUAGGUUGAAAAGGUUCUGCCUGCAAGGUUCCCUUCAUUUAGUUAUUUUGUUCACAAAGUUGCUUUUGCAUUUAUUUGGAUUAUUCCACUUAAAAAAAAAAAAAAUGCAUAUCAUUAGCAUUCUCUUGUUAGUGAGCGGAACUUUGAUUUUGUUGUUGACUUUGAGUUAAAUGGGGUGGGGGUGGGGAUGUGGGGUUGAAUUGCAUUUUGACAGUAAUUGUACAUAAUAGAAACUAAAGAAGAGGGGAAAAAGAACUACUUUGAUUGUACUGUACUUUCUAAAAAUCUUACUGAAUUGAUCUACAGAUUUGUAGAUAUGUGUAAUUUGAUGAUUUAUUAAAAAAGAUUCUUUUAAAA